UCAAUAUAGAUAUAUGAUUCUAUUAAUAAAUUAGCAGUUACAAAUUUAAAAUUUCUAGAAAUAUCAAAAGUUGUAUGUUAGUUAAUUAUUUUCUAAAUGAUAUUUAUUUUUAAUUCUUUUUAGAUGAGAAUAUUUUGGCUGAGGUGGAUAGUCUCAAAAGCCUUGAAUUUAGUCCCUUUUAUAUAGUAGGAUAAGAAUAUAAAGUCCUAAACACACUAGACAUUAUAAUGUUUAGAUAACUCUUAAACACUUAAGGACUUUUCUAUUUCCUAAUCCACAAUUCAGUAGGAAAUAGAUAACUUGAUCUUCAAGUUAUUUCAAGUUUAUCCCAACAUGUUAGGUUUGGUUAGUUCGGUUCUAGAAUAUUUCCAACUGAAGUAAACCAUAAUUAGUUUGGUUUGGAUCAGUUUUGGUUUCGUUUGUAUUCGGUUCGGUUCGUAUUCGGCUUGGUUUGUGUUUCGGUUCGGUUUAAUUGGGUUCCCUUAGUUUAAUUAUUUUAACAGAAAUCAUGUUUUUAAACAUAAAUGUAUGGUCAUGAAAUCAUCAUGUUGGUGACUAUGAAAAAACUAAGCUAUGUAAACUAAAUCCAAUAUAAAACACACAAAAGUUCAUAAGAACAUAAUCAAAUCAAAGUUAACUAUAAAACAAAUAGAAAAUUAAACAAAUCAUUAAUAAUGCUUCGUAAGAAUAAAUUAUGUAAAUUAAAUCUAAUAUAAAGCUGAAACAAAAAUCUUAUAAAACCACAAAAGUUUAUAAGAACACAACAGUUAAAGUAAAUAGAAUAUUAAAAAAGUUAAUAGUGACUUUAGUGUUUGGAUUUUAAUAUAUUGUUUAUUGUUAGUAUGUUUAAUUCAAAUAAAAACAAAAACACAUUGGUUUCUUGGUUCGGUUUAACGCGGUUCGGUUUAGUGCAGUUCGGUUUAACGCAGUUCAGUUCGGAUCUAUUUCGGUUUGGUUUGUUCAGGUUGAGAAAAUUCUAAACCAAACUAUUUGAUAAUAGAUUUUGGUUUGGUUUGGAUCGAUUUCGGUUCGGUUUUCUUGCCUACCCCUACUAAAUAAAGAAUCAUGCUAUAUGAAAUAUUAAAUAUUUAUUUGACAAAAAAAUGGUAGAAAAAAGGUAAUAUAAAUUCAUGAAAAUCUAUAUUAAUCUAAAAUAAGUUAUGAUCAAAUUUCAUAAGUCAAUCUAUAUAAAUUUUCACAAUCCACAUAACAUUUUUAGAUCAAUCAACUCUUAAAAUUCACAAAGUCUAUACAAAUUCAUCUCCUAAUAAUCCCCUAAGAAGAUUCACAUAAACAUGUGAAGAAAGAACUUUGGAGAAUCUUUUUGGGUUCUUUUACUUUUGUGUAAUUUUUUUUUUUUGAAAAAUAAACUAAUUAAUUAUUAUUUAUAAUUUGGAAAGGUUGAUAUUUAUACAAAAUGGAAUUGAUUUUGUAGUAACUAGGUUUCCUUCUCAACUGGAUUAAUUUGCUCAAGUUACAAUAAUUUAGCAAUCCCUGUUAGUCAAAGUAAAUUAGAAUCUUCAUAACUGCACUUGCCUUAUCACAGAUAGAAAUUUAUUUCUCAAAACUACUCUUAUUGCACUGUAGAGUGUUCAAAAUAACACACGUAAUUAUCAUUUAGCAUUUGGAAAGUUUGAUAUUUAUACAAAAUGGAAUCGAUUUGGUAAUAACUAGUUUCCUUCUCGACUAGAUUAAUUUGCUGAAGUUAGAAUAAUUUAGCAAUCUCUGUUAGUCAAAGUAAAUUAUAAUCUUCAUAACUACAGUACUUACCUUAUCACAGAUUGAGUUUGAAUAGAAUUUUACACUGACAUUGUCUAAGAUGGUUACUUUGCAAAUUAUUCUUUGAUAAUUGUGGACUAGUAACAUAUCCGUACAAAAUCGUCUGUCUCAACAAGUAUUUAUAGUUGCAUGUGCUUCUCAACCAAGCUCAAUACGUACUACCUUGUCUUACAAUUUAAACGCUAAGACCCAUUUCUCUUUCCCUCCUCAUCAAGACAAAACAAGAGAUGGAGAGCUCACCAAUCCGAUGCAUCUUCUUUGUGUUUAUCAUUUUCACCCUCUUUUCGUUUUCGACUGCUGCUACAAGUAAUGGAGAAGUUGAGGACGAACGCGAGUUUAACUACAAGAAGAACGAUGAUAAGGGGCCAGACAGAUGGGGCGAAAUUAAACCGGAAUGGGAGAUGUGUGGAAAAGGAGAGUUACAAUCUCCCAUUGAUAUGAUGAACGAGAGAGUUAAGAUUGUUUCUCAUCUUGGACGGCUUAUUAGAGACUAUGAACCUUCCAAUGCCACUAUCAAGAACAGAGGCCAUGACAUUAUGCUAAAAUUUGAAGAUGGAGCAGGAAGUAUUAAGAUCAAUGGUUUUCAAUAUGAACUCCAACAGCUUCACUGGCACUCUCCCUCUGAGCAUACGGUCAACGGAAGAAGGUUUGCACUUGAGCUGCAUAUGGUUCACGAAGGCAAGAAUGGGAGAAUGGCUGUUGUGACUGUCUUGUACAAGAUCGGAAGAGCUGAUACUUUUAUCAGAUCGUUGGAGAAGGAAUUAGAGGCCAUUACCGAUCUGGAUGACGCAGAGAAACAUGUAAGGAUGAUUGAUCCCAAACAAAUUAAGAUCGGAAGCAGAAAAUAUUACAGAUACAUAGGCUCACUUACCACUCCUCCUUGUACCCAGAACGUUACUUGGAGUGUCGUUAGAAAGAUUAGGACCGUGACAAGGGAACAAGUGAGGCUUCUCCGUGUGGCUGUGCACGAUGACUCCCUGACGAAUGCGAGGCCGGUUCAACCAAUAAACAAGCGCAUGGUUCACUUAUACAGACCAAGAGUUUAGUUGAUGAAGAAGACACA